AUGCUCCAUGUUACUGUUUUCUAUUUACUGAUUUUGACUUCCUUAACAAUAUCCACACUACGUCAACGAGAUAUUUUUGAAAAAAGUCACGUUGUGGAAACAGAUAUUGGAAAGGACAUAGAAGUAUUGAACAGCAAUUUCAAUGCAGAACAUUUAACUGAAGCUCCUUAUUUGCACUUCACUAAAACACCAAAAGCAGUUGAAAUUGCUGUCGGAAAUGAACUUGUGUUAAAAUGUGAAGCGAUUGGCAUCCCACCACCAAUCAUUGAAUGGGCAUACAAUGGCAAUAUAAUCCAUGCCAUAGUUGAAAGCAACGCCGCAGAAAAACUGCACAAUGCGGAUCUUAAUACCAUACAGUAUGGUGUAACUGCAUCCAAGAUGGUCGUUCCAUGUAUCAAAACCAAAGAUACAGCUGAAUACAAAUGUUUAGCGAGUAAUGGUCAUCAAAAACUUGAAAGUACAACAACUGUUGUUGUUGAAGAAAAAGCGAAAUGCUGGCGUAAGCAUUCACCGCCAGUAAUAAGCAUGUGGACAGAUGGCCGUUUUGAAAUAUCUGGUGCAACCGUACAGCUGUUCUGCCGAGUUAAUGGAACUCCGCAAUCGAAUAUCACCUGGUACAAUGAGGAAAAUUGUAAACUCGAUAAUGUUAAGAAAUACAAAAUACUGGCAAAUGGAGAUUUGAUGAUCUAUGAUACACAGUGGGAAGACUUGGGGGUAUAUACCUGCAUUGCAAGUAAUGAAUACGGCGAAGAUCGAAUUAUGGCAUUCUUUUAUCCUACUGAACCGUAA